GGAAGGAGCAACCAGUCAGUGAGAUGGGUCAAAUGUAAGUGGAGAAAGGAACGUCCAAGGAGAAGCGGGCUGUCGCUAUCGUGAAUCAUGCAGAGAUGAAGGCGGGACGAUGGAGCAGUGGCCCCUUGGGCUUGGCAGGUGAUCAAAUUCGAGGUCAUGAUGACCUUCAGGAGAGCACUGUGUGCAGAGUGCCAGCAGUGGGAAGGGACCGGGUGGGAGGGAGGACGUGGAAUGUGAGGGUGCUCUCCCCUGCAGGAAGUUUGGCCUUGGAGGGGAUGAAAAUGAAGGGCAGGGAGGAGUCGCGAGCGAAUAAGCAGGAGGGUGUUCGACUGCUAGAGCCGAGCUAAGCGAUGCCUAAAUCAAAGGAACUUGUUUCUUCAAGCUCUUCUGGCAGUGAUUCUGACAGUGAGGUUGACAAAAAGUUAAAGAGGAAAAAGCAAGUUGCUCCAGAAAAACCUGUGAAGAAGCAAAAGACAGGUGAAACUUCGAGAGCUCUGUCAUCUUCUAAACAGAGCGGCAGCAGCAGAGAUGAUAACAAGUUUCAGGUUGGGAAAAUGAGGUACGUUAGCGUUGGAGAUUUUAAAGGGAAAGUGCUAAUUGAAACUAGAGAAUAUUGGAUGGAUCCUGAAGGUGAAAUGAAACCAGGAAGAAAAGGUAUUUCUUUAAAUCCAGAACAAUGGAGCCCGCUGAAGGAACAGAUUUCUGUCAUUGAUGAUGCAGUAAGAAAACUGUAAAAUCCGAGUCACAUAAACAAAACCUGUACUGUUCUAGUUGUUUUAAUCUGUCUUUUUACAUUGGCUUUUGUUUUCUAAAUGU